UGUCUCUUUUUUCAUAUGAGCUUUUGUUUUCCUAGAGCUGUGAUUGCCCUGUUUUUUCCCAGGAUUAGUUCUGUGUGCCUUUUGCAAAGGACAGCUCAUCUGCCAGAUGAUCUUGCAGCUCUUCCUCCCCCAGAGAGAGCUGACAUCAUUUCAACUGUUGAAUUUAAUUACUCUGGAGAUCUUCUUGCAACAGGAGACAAGGGCGGCAGAGUUGUUAUUUUUCAGCGGGAACAAGAGAAUAAAAUCCGCCCUCAUUCCAGGGGAGAAUAUAAUGUUUACAGUACCUUUCAAAGUCAUGAACCAGAGUUCGACUAUUUGAAAAGUCUAGAAAUUGAGGAAAAGAUUAAUAAAAUUAGGUGGCUGCCACAGCAGAAUGCUGCUCAUUUUCUACUGUCUACAAAUGAUAAAACUAUUAAAUUAUGGAAAAUAAGUGAACGGGAUAAAAGAGCAGAAGGUUAUAACUUGAAAGAUGAAGAUGGACGACUCCGAGACCCAUUUAGAAUCACAGCACUGCGGGUUCCAAUACUGAAGCCCAUGGACCUCAUGGUAGAAGCAAGCCCACGACGAAUUUUUGCAAAUGCUCAUACGUAUCAUAUAAAUUCCAUUUCAGUAAAUAGUGAUCAUGAAACGUAUCUUUCUGCAGAUGACCUGAGAAUUAACCUGUGGCAUUUAGAAAUCACAGAUAGAAGUUUUAACAUCGUGGACAUCAAACCUGCCAACAUGGAGGAGCUGACGGAGGUGAUCACCGCCGCCGAGUUCCACCCACACCAGUGCAACGUGUUCGUGUACAGCAGCAGUAAAGGGACCAUCCGGCUGUGUGACAUGCGCUCCUCCGCCCUGUGCGACCGGCACUCUAAGUUUUUUGAAGAGCCUGAAGAUCCCAGUAGUAGGUCCUUCUUCUCAGAAAUAAUCUCAUCCAUCUCCGACGUCAAAUUCAGCCAUAGUGGUCGGUACAUGAUGACCCGAGACUACCUGUCAGUGAAGGUGUGGGACCUCAACAUGGAGAGCAGGCCAGUGGAGACCCACCAGGUGCAUGAGUACCUUCGGAGCAAGCUCUGCUCCCUCUACGAGAACGACUGCAUCUUCGACAAGUUUGAGUGCUGCUGGAACGGUUCCGACAGUGCUGUCAUGACGGGCUCCUACAACAACUUCUUCAGGAUGUUCGACAGAAGCACGCGCAGGGAUGUCACCCUGGAAGCCUCGAGAGAGAGCAGCAAACCCCGAGCCAGCUUAAAGCCCCGGAAGGUUUGUGCAGGUGGGAAGAGGAAGAAGGACGAGAUCAGUGUGGACAGCCUGGACUUCAAUAAGAAGAUCCUCCACACAGCCUGGCACCCCGUGGACAACAUCAUCGCCGUGGCCGCCACCAACAACCUGUACAUAUUCCAGGACAAAGCCAACUGAGGGAGCCGGCGAGGCCCCUGCCGCAGCCCGGACAGCGUCAAGGAGCUCUGCGUUCAGAGCCUCACGCCCUCCCACGGAGCAAGAGCUGGCCUUGGUGCAUCCUGGCCUGGCCCUGCCUUCAGCCCAGGAGAGAAGGGUGCUGCUGCUCCAGAGCGGAGCCCACUGGGAGCAGAACUGCUGGACAUUGCUCAAUAAAGGCCAUUACUCAAAUAAAUAUAUUUAUUUAAGUCUGAGCUUCCUUUCCAGUUUAUAGACCAAAUACCUAACACCCAGGAGAAGAGGUGUCGUCAGGCCCUCUCCCCAUCCCACCCUCCACUCUUCCCUCUCCCUGCUGUCCCUGGUCCUGUGCCUAGACAUGGGGCGGCCUGAGCCCGGGCAGGUGUUCCCACUCACUGCAUCUGCCAUCACACCUCCGGGUGUGGCUACUCAGUGCAAGCAGCACAGUCCAGAGUGCUUUUGAAAACAAACAGAAGUUGUUGUCUUGUAUUUGCUUCAGGUCUAUGUGAUGAAAUCAUGCAGGGUCAUUCUUGGGAACAAUCUCAGAAACGCUGGUCCUCUUUGGCAGAAUGGUGGCAUGUGUGCAGUUCUUAGUUCUAACCCAGCUCCCCCACACUGUCACGCUGCCCUGUUUCUGUAGAAGUAGUCCAUCUCCCCAUCAGGCCGGGCUGGGCGGGGAGACCACAGGAAGAGACACUGCUGCCCUAAAAACCACCCGGCUCCCAGCAGGCCUGAGUCACUACAACUGAAAACAUGCUUUCUUAAAAGUCUUUUUUAAAAGUACUUUGGGGAAAAUAUACUUUUUAAAUAUUGCUACAGUUACAUGCAUGCUUUCACACUGCAUUUCAAGCCAGCAGAAUUAAACCACUUUAACUGCUUGUGAUGCCACCAGUACCUUGGUGGUUCAUUUCAAAAGAUCUUUGAUGUCAAAAUCAAGGUUUUCCAGCAAGAGUGCAGAGGCUACCAACAUCAAACAACAGAGAUUGCUUCCAUGGGAUUGCACCCAUGAGCCCAGUCACAGAGCCCCUUGCCCUGGGGCUGGAGAGCCAGGUCUCAGUGCCAUCACUGAAAUGGAGGUGUAUUUUGAUUACUAAUGAUAUAGAUAUGCAAGGACAAAAGUGUCAUCACCCUGAGUUGAUGUUAACAGAAUGCCAGUUUAGUUCACAUGAAGUUAGAAAUUGAGAACAUAAAAAUACCUUUAUUUUAUUUAAAGUAAGUCAUUCUGUGUCUUGGUUGUGAUGCCAUUACAACAUCUGAGAUGUGGAACAGUUGUGCAGGCAUUAGUCAGCCCUGGUCCUUCAAAUCAGGAUUGUAUAUAUUUGUUUCAAUCAACUAUUUUGACCAAAAAGUUUAAUAAAUUUUAAAUGAUUAACUGGA